AUUCCUUACCUUGGUCUAAUCUGAAGUGUAGGUUUGUGUCACAUCCGACUCUCAACAAUGACUUCUGACGGCAAGAAGACAGCGCCUAACAAAAGGCCAUACAUCUGUAUUCCGAAAAAACUCAUAAAUCUUUUGGCCGAGCAAUAUGAACUUGAACAUGGACUGCUUGUAGAAGAUCUGAAUCCCUACUUAAAUGAAGGAUAUAUACAAGCUUACUUCCGUGAAUGGGGAACCGUCAAAUCAUGCAAAAUUAGGAAGAAUCCCAACUCUGGGAAACAUAAAUCAGUGGCCUUUGUGAAGUUUUCUAGCGAGGAAGAAGCAGACUUGGCAGACUGGGUCGGUCCUCACUAUAUUGGUGGAGCAGAAGUUAAAGUGAGGCGCUUUGUUACUUUCAAGGGCGAGGAGGAUUCAGAGCAAGAGGUUGAUGGAGCCACAGUUAAACCUCGACCACGGCCUUCAAUGGGUCUUGGCUACAUACUCGAAGAUGCUCAGUGGUUAGAAGAAAAUGAAUGAAUAAACAAAGCUUUAAUCCAAAGUUGACCAGCUUGAGGGUAUUGGUUGUUUUGUCAGUACCAUUCAAAAGAACAUACAGCCUAAUGCACAUGUAUUUAUGUAUGUAUUUUUCUUAGUUUUACUAGUAAGUAAGUUUUACUUACUUACUCUUAACUGUGAAUUUCUGGCUAAACAAUACUUUAUUGUUUAUUGUAUAUAUUGUAAAUGUGUUGUGUUUAUGACAUUUUAGUUUUUCCUAAAUGUUUGUAAAGGACCUACAGAUGUCACACUAUAAGGGAAGUUAGUCAUGUAGUCCUUUGUCCAGCCACUGUUGGUGAAUGUGACAUGAUUGUUGAUUUUAUAGUAACUUGACAAAAUUGUGAAUUUGUAAGAAAAUAUUACUUAUUGUUGGUUUUCUUUGCUCAGGAAUAAAUACAAAGAAGUCAAAGGA